AUGGUUGAAUGGCAAACUUUGGCAAAAGAAAAACGGGAAUCCGUUAUUGGACUAAUCCCUAAAGCUUGGCUGUUACCCUCUCCUGUUCCGCCUGCAACGGAGCAGCGAGACGUCACUGGAAAAUAUAUCCAACAGUUUCUUUCUCCUGCUGAGAUUGAAAUUACCGAAACUGAUGCAGUUGGUAUUGUCAAGAACACAAUUUCGGCAAAGUGGAAGGCUCGGGAUGUGGCCGAAGCUUUCUGUCACCGGGCCGCUUUAGCUCAUCAGAUGGUCAACUGUCUCCAUGAGAUUUUUUUUGAUGCUGCAAUAGCUGAUGCGCAGGCCCUGGAUGAAUAUUAUGCAAAGCAUGGGAAACCGAUCGGACCGCUUCACGGCUUGCCGGUCAGUCUGAAGGACCAGUUUCAUGUCAAAGAUGUCGAGACAACUAUGGGAUAUGUUGGAUGGAUCGGUACUUUUGAAGGGAAGAAAGGAACCAACAAAGAGAAAGUCUUCGAAAGCGAGAUGGUCAGAGAGCUACGAAACCUUGGAGCAAUUCUGUACUGCAAGACUAGCGUUCCACACACAUUGAUGGCUGGCGAGACCGUGAACAAUAUCAUCGGUUAUACAUGGAACCCCAAGAACCGUAACCUCGCUUGUGGUGGUAGCUCAGGAGGCGAAGGAGCUCUGAUCGGAUUGAAAGGAAGCCCAGUCGGCUUUGGAACUGACAUCGGCGGCAGCAUCCGUAUUCCUGCUGCAUUUAAUGGCUUGUAUGGCAUUCGUCCAUCAAGUGGGAGACUCCCGUAUGAAGGAAUGGCAAACAGUAUGGAUGGGCAGAACUCCAUUCUUUCAGUGGUGGGCCCGAUCGCAACCUCUGUUGGCGCUCUGAAACUUGUCAUCAAAGGUCUUCUGGAACAGCAACCGUGGUUGCACGAUCCUCUUGUCGCUGAGAUUCCUUGGCGGGACGAGCAAGAGCAAGCUGUGCUAGACAUUGUCAAGGGUAGUGGUGGCGGGCAAUUGGCUUUCGGCAUCUCGAAAGGGGACGGAAUCGUCAAUUGUCAACCACCUGUUCGAAGAGCAAUUGAUAUCGUUGUCAAGACUGCCGAAAAGCUGGGACACAAGGUUUUCGAGUGGGCCCCGCCUUCUCAUAAACGCUGCUUAGAGAUUGCCUUCAAAACAUGGAUCUAUGAUGGAGGAGCUGAUGUCCAUGCUGCAUUCGCUCUCUCUGGUGAGCCAAUGGCUAGCCAAAUCACCUCGACCUACGGAACUUUGAAAGACGAAUAUACAGCUUCUCAAAUUGCAGCCAACAACGUCGCCAAACGUGCCUACCAGAAAGAGUACAUGGAGUACUGGAAUAGCACUGCUGAACUCACAGGCACAGGUCGUCCGAUCGACGCCGUCAUUGCACCCUUAGCCCCAUUUGCUGCUGCGAGACCAGAUAUGGCAAAAUUUGGAAGUGGGACUUUGAAGGCUAAACGUGUUAUGCCAGGAUUGAGCACCUGGGUCAAUAUGGUCGAUUAUACGUCGGCGGUUCUACCGGUUACGUUGGUAGAUAAGAGUAUUGAUGUUGUGGAUGAGGGAUACAAGCCGUUGAAUGAUCAAGAUGAGAAGGUUUUCUUGGCUUAUGAUCCGGAGCUUUAUGACCGGGCGCAUGUCGCGGUCCAGAUCGUUGGACGCAGGUUACAGGAAGAGAAGAUCCUUACGAUCACGGAGAUUCUUGGAGAUGCUCUGGGUAAGCACGUGGUAUAG